GUUUAAGCACAUCCAAUAAUUCUUAACUUAGAAGGACAAAGUUUAUGUUGUAUUUACAUUGCUAAGCAUUGCGAUAUACUCCCCUCCUUUGUGUACAGUGGUAGAGAAACCGGCAUUUGGUGCCUUAGUCUCAAACUAUCACCUCGAGCAGUCUGCUCGGGGCAUAAUAAAAAAAACGUUAAAACAUAACAGCAAAAUCAUGCAUUUCAUAUUGUUUAUAGUGAUCACAGUGCUCCAGUAUUCAACUGCGGAACAUUAUAAAACGAAGCCAAGUUUCAUAAGGACAUGUUUUAAAGGUGAUCCCGAAUUUGAUGAUUGCUCGAAAGACGCAGUACAAAAUCUAUUCAACGCUUUGGGCCCAGGUUUACCCGAAAUCGACCUACCGUCACUGGAUCCGCUGAACAUUCCCCAAAUCAGGAUAUUACAGGGAGAUGGGCCGGUGAACGUAAAUGCCGCCCUUGAUAACGUUGUUGUAACGGGUUUUGGAAAAACUGAAGUCUUGCUAAGCCAGGUUGAUGGCAGAACGUACGAUUUUUACACUAAAGUAAGAGUCCCAAAAAUAAGAAUAGAAGGCACCUAUGAUUUAAGAGGGAAAAUAUUACUGAUACCUCUGGUUGGAAGUGGUCUGUGUUGGUUUGAGCCCAGUAACAUGACAAUCGAUAUUGUAAGCUCUGUAAAAUUGUAUGAGAAAUCUGGUCUUCCAUUCUUCAAUGUAACUCAGUGCCACGUGAAAUACAAUAUAGGAGGCUUAAAAUUACACAUGAGUAAUUUAUUUGAUGGCAUUUCAUCUCUGGAGGAAAGCACCAAUGCAUAUUUAAAUGCAAACUGGCGGCCAGUAUCAGAGUCUUUGAGACCAAUUUUGUCAAAGACUAUAGAAGAUAUUUUACUCGGGUUUAUGCAACAGAUAUUCCACAACCUACCUGCAAACUUCAUGAUUGGGGAUUUAAAAACUCAUCUAACAAAUAAAAAAAUAGAAAAGAAAGGAAACAUCUAAGUACUGAAUUAAAAAAAUAUAUCUAAGUAUUAAUGAAAUUUAGACUGUUUAUACUAUGUUACCAAUAACAAUAUCUUCUCUAUGUGUGAAUAUUUCAAUUUAAUUCUUAUUUUAGUUACUGCUUUAAUUUGCGAGUGAUAUUAUAGAUACCUUGAUACUUUAUUAAUUAGAUGUAAGUUAGAU